UCCUGUAAGUGAACUCUGUGCUGAUACAGGGUUUGAUUUAACACACCGAUGUUGGAGUGAAGUAAACGUGUGUCCUGCUGUAAUCUGGAGAAGGAGACAUGACCUCCAACAUGAGUGUGUCUGGAGAACAGGACUUAAAGAAAGACGAGAGAAUGAUGGAGGGAAAGAGAUCAGACUCACCAGAACCCAGCUGUGUGUCUAUGAAGAGUGACCAGUCAGUGGGUAUUCUAAAUAACUUCAGAGACAGAGCCAGUUCUCCUGAUGUGAGACCACAAAAGAAGAAAUCAAACAUCAGCAGAAAUCAGCUGGACUCCAUAUUCAAGGAGCUGGAACACAAAGUCAUCACUCUGAUAAAGAAUGAGCUGAAGAGGUUUAGGAAGCUCCUGAGUUCAGAUUACCCAGCAUGCACUGAGAGGGAGAUGGAGGAUGAGGAGGAUCUGCACAGUGUCAGAGAGGGAGCUCUGAAGAUCACACUGCACGUCCUGAAGAACAUGAACCAUACAGAUCUCGCUAACACACUGCACAACAAGUCUGUGGCCUCUGUGUAUCAGACAGAGCUGAAAUCCAGCCUGAGAGAGAAGUUUAAAAGAAUUAAUGAAGGAAUCUCACAGCAUGGAAGCUCAGCACUUCUGAAUGAGAUCUAUACAGAUCUCUACAUCACAGAGGGUUGGAGUGGAGACGUCAAUAAUGAACAUGAGGUGAGACAAAUUGAGACAGCGUCCAGGAGACCAGCAACACAGGAGACACCCAUCAAAUGUAACGUGCUCUUUAAAGACAAGUCCAUCAGAAGAGUGCUGACUAAAGGAGUUGCUGGAAUUGGAAAAACAGUCUCUGUGCAGAAGUUCAUUCUGGACUGGGCUGAAGGAAAAGCAAAUCAGGACGUCACCUUCAUGUUUCCACUUCCCUUUCGAGAGCUGAACCUGAUGAAGCAGAGAAAUCUCAGUCUGAUGGAGCUUCUUCAUCACUUUUUCCCAGAAAUGAGAAAACUAGAAUUACUAGACUGUGACUCCUACACAGUGGUGUUGAUCUUUGAUGGUCUGGAUGAGUGUCGACUUCCUCUAAAUUUCCAGAAGAAUGAGAGAUUGUGUGAUGUGACAGAGUCAGCCUCGGUGGAUGUACUGCUGACAAACCUCAUCAAGGGGAAUCUGCUUCCCUCUGCUCUCCUCUGGAUAACCUCUCGACCAGGAGCAGCCAAUCAGAUCCCUCCUGAGUGUGUAGACCAGGUGACAGAGGUACGAGGCUUCAGUGAUCCUCAGAAAGAGGAGUACUUCAGGAAGAGGAUCAGUGAUCAGAGCCUGGCCAAUAAAAUCAUCACACGCAUGAAGUCUUCAAGAAGCCUCUACAUCAUGUGCCACAUCCCAGUCUUCUGCUGGAUCUCAGCCACUGUUCUAGAGAGAAUGUUUUGUGGAGCAGAGAGUGGAGAGGUCCCCAAGACUCUGACUCAAUUGUUCACACACUUCCUGAUCUUUCAGAUCAAACACAAGGACCAAAAGUACCAUCAGAAAUGUGACCCUGAUCCUCAGCAGACCAGAGAGAGUAUCCUGGCACUGGGGAAACUGGCUUUCCAACAGCUGGAGAAAGGAAACCUGAUCUUCUAUGAGGAAGACCUGAGAGACUGUGGCAUUGAUGUUGGAGAAGUGGCAGUGUACUCAGGAGUGUGUACCCAAAUCUUCAGAGAGGAGUUUGGGCUUCACCUGGGGAAGGUGUUCAGCUUUGUACACCUGAGUGUUCAGGAGUUUCUGGCUGCUUUAUACACAUUUCUCUCCUUCAUCAGCAGAAAUGUAACAGAACAACAAACCACUGAUUUGUCUGAUCUUUUCAGAAAGUCAACCAUGUCUGAUUUCCUCAGGAGUGCAGUGGAUAAGGCCUUACAGAGUGAGAAUGGACACCUGGACCUGUUCCUCCGCUUCCUUCUGGGUCUCUCACUGGAGUCCAAUCAGGCUCUCUUACGAGGCUUAAUGCCCCAGACAAGAAGCAGCUCUCACAGCAAACAGGAAACAGUCGAGUACAUCAAGGAGAAGGUCAGGGAGAAUCCAUCUCCAGAGAAAUCCAUCAAUCUGUUCCACUGUCUGAAUGAACUGAAUGAUCAUUCUCUAGUGCAGGAAGUACAGACUUACCUGAACAGAGGAGGUGACCGUCGUCUCAGGGGAACCAAACUCUCUCCUGCUCAGUGGUCAGCUCUGGUGUUUGUGUUACUGAACUCGGAUCAGGAGCUGGAUGAGUUUGAUUUGAUGAAAUAUGACCGAUCAGAGGAAUGUCUUCUGAAGCUGCUGCCAGUGGUCAAAGCCUCCAGAAAAGCUGAGCUGUGGGAGUGUAAUCUGACAGAGGAAAGCUGUAGAGUUCUGUCCUCAGUUCUCAGAUCAAACUCCUCCAGACUGAGAGAACUGAACCUGAGACACAAUAACCUGCAGGAUUCAGGAGUGAAGCUGCUCUCUGCUGGACUGGAGAAUCCACACUGUACACUGGAGACACUGAGUCUGUGGGAGUGUAAUCUGACAGAGGAAAGCUGUAGAGUUCUGUCCUCAGUUCUCAGCUCAAACUCCUCCAGACUGAGAGAACUGAACCUGAGACACAAUAACCUGCAGGAUUCAGGAGUGAAGCUGCUCUCUGCUGGACUGAAGAAUCCACACUGUACACUGGAGACACUGAGUCUGUGUGAGUGUAAUCUGACAGAGGAAAGCUGUAGAGUUCUGUCCUCAGUUCUCAGCUCAAACUCCUCCAGACUGAGAGAACUGAACCUGAGUAACAAUAAACUGCAGGAUUCAGGAGUGAAGCUGCUCUCUGCUGGACUGGAGAAUCCACACUGUACACUGGAGACACUGAGGCUGUGGGCGUGUAAUCUGACAGAGGAAAGCUGUAGAGUUCUGUCCUCAGUUCUCAGCUCAAACUCCUCCAGACUGAGAGAACUGGACCUGAGACACAAUAAACUGCAGGAUUCAGGAGUGAAGCUGCUCUCUGGUGGACUGGAGAAUCCACACUGUACACUGGAGACACUGAGGAUGUAUAACUGCAGUAUUACAGAUGAAGGUUGUGCUGCUCUGGCUUCGGCUCUGAGGUCAAACUCCUCAUCACUCCUGAGAGAACUGAAUCUGAACGGAAAUAAUCCAGGAAAAUCAGGAGUGAAGCUGCUCUCUGAUCUACUGAAGGAUCCACACUGUAAACUGGAGACAUUAUACAUUAACUAUAAUAAACUCACCAGGACUGUUGUAUGACAGGAGUCUCACCUCAAACCUCUUCUCCAGGAUAAAGCAGUUUUGGUGAAGAGUUAGAACCCGUCCCACAUUUCCAGCAGUUUGGGAGCUGAAUCAUUAAACAUAAAGGGACAGAGCAGAUACAAAGUCAAGAACAGGCAGAAGGUCAUACACAGGAGAAAUCAACACACGUAACGAAAUAUCUGCUGUAACACCAAAAGUAUUUGAUCUCCAUUUAUACCAGUUCCCGAAGGCACUUCGAGACUCACCACAAUUGCCUUGACUCAGUAGCAGUACUACCCCCUGGCACUUUAGUGUAUUGUAAGAACCAUUUUCAUGGUUGCCAUAAGAUUCAGGAUGUCUGGCGCUCCACUUUGUUUGAGAUUGUGGCCUAUAUUGAUGAAGUGGGAAUGCUGUAUAAGAUCAGACCACAUGGAGAAGAUGGCCCCAUUAAAACUGUCCAUUGCUCAGAACUUUAGCCUGUUCUUACCUGGCAACAAUAUGCCAGGUAAACCAAUGGGUCAGGUCUACUGGCCCUUUCCAGCCCCAGGAGUGAGUAGAGCCAGAAGGACCUAGAAGGAGAUUAUUCACAAGUGGCCAUAGUCACACGAGAACGGGUGUAAGGAACUCUGAGGGUCAAGUCCACGAUGAUUCUAGUUCUCAGCCCUCAGUGCUUCAGUCUAGUCCAACAGGGGUACAAAAUGUUUACUCUCUUAUGAGUAUACGUUCAUCUUUAGCGUCUCAACCCCAGGUGACCACACGAGAGCAAGAGUUGAAUUUAGAAACUUCUUUAGAUCUUCAUAUAGCUCAGUCACUUGAUCAGUCAGGAAUGGAUUUAGUUUCUAGGACAUCCUUUAGGUGUUCUACUCAUGGGACUCUCAGUGUUCACCGGGAUGGUGACCAUUAAAGAUAGGUGUGAAUUUGGCAAAGUUGGUUGGAGGUGCUGUUGCGCAUGCCCACUAGAGGGUGCACUGAUUCUUUAUACACAUCACUUCCUGUCUAUAGAACCAUGUCCAGUGCUUGAAUCCUUUGCUACACUGUGAUUGUUGGUUGCUGGAAGAACAAGUUCUGUUGACUGCAAAUGUGUGUUAUAAAUGUGCCAACGCCAUUUAUACCUACCUGGACAGGCUAUUAUUUCGGGGGCUUGGUAGCGUGUGAUCAUAAUUUGUCUGCAAGGAAGGGAUAUGCAACCAAAUAGUCUUCAAGGAAAUCAAAGUAAAUAACACUAUCGGUUCCAAUAUUUUUGCUCACCUCAAUAUGUUCUAAGUUGUUUAACACAUCUAGAUGUAUAUAUCAGGAAAUUAAAGCUUCAAUUUUGAUCUAUUGUCUCAUUCAUCUUUUGACCUCAAACCCAAAUGUCUUCAGCAUAUAGCAAAAACAAAAGAAUUCCAAUUCUUUUGAAGAGGACUGCAUGUAUGGCAAGGUUGACUGAAGACAGGUGGGGUUGAUGGCCACUGAUUAUGAUUAAGACAGUGCUCUCUGCCUCCCUCUAGUGAUGCAACAAGUCAGUUGUUCACUUACAGCACAAUCCAUUACAAAACUACAGACUCUCAUUCCUAUUUGGUGUUCAAAUCUUCACAAGGAAAUGUGCAAUGACUUUUUACAAUUAUGGAUUCACCACAAGAACAUCAUAGAUCUCCCAACAUGCUUCAUGGCCUACAGACAUGGAAGCCAUGAACUACACUUCCCAGAACACACACUGCCUCUUUCUCAAUCACAGGACUUCUGAACAGGCACACCCAGAGGCGUAUCUACGGGGCAGGCAAGGUAGGCAAUUGCCUGGGGCCCCACAUACUGAGAGGGCCCCUGAGGGCUGAUCAUUUAAAUAAUGUACAGCAACAUCUCAGCCACCCCCUUAAAUGGGGCGUCUUUGUGGGGUGCUGUCACAUUUGAGGACUCGUUUAUGCUCUGCCACCCCUUCACACUCGAGUUGCAUGAGCUUAGUUCCUGAAAAUGAAUCUGAAAAAUGAAAAUGUUAAGAUUUUGCUGAUACUGGCAUCAGAAUUAUAUAAUGUGUACUGUACCAGCUGUAUAUGGUUGAAACGACAAUAAAACCACUUGAACUUGAACUAGGGAGUGUAUUUUUGGACCCCCAUCUAUUCCCACAGAGUUAAUGCUAGAGAAUACAAUGAAAAUCAGGACAGGUUAACUGAGCGUAUCUGGUGUGAUGUUUAAGUGAGUCAAUAAAAUGACCAGGUUUAUCAGUCAAAGGCAGAGCACCACAAAUGACUUUUAUUUCCAUAACGCUAGGCGGUUUCAGGGUAUAACAUUUACCAACUUGUAUGAAGCCAAGCUCGCACGUUUGGCUCUGUUCCAGGGCUUGCGGUGGCGCCCUCGAACUUUUCUACUUCGGAUUCAGACGGACGAGUAUGAUAUGGCGGUGGAGUGCU